CCGUUUUUAACAGAAUAUCCGUUAACUGGCCACUAAAAUCAAAAAAUCUAUACUGCAAUGGCUAUUUAUAGGUCAACAGAGAUAUUGACUGCACUGGGAAAUCCUCGGGGAAACCACCAACGGCGCCACCAGCAGAAGGUGACGCCACCAAUCUUCUGCUCAGAUGUUUUGGUGUUUCAAGAAGUGACUCAUCAUCCGCCGGCUGUGGGCUCUCUGUUUUCACUUUUGUUGUGGCCCCGAAACGGCAUUUAAGGCAUUCCGGUGUAGACAGCGGGCCAGAAAACAAGUACACGCAGCAGUUCCGCAAUUACGCAGCACACACAGAGACCCACCCACAGUACCAGACAAUCAAUAUGUUCGACUUCAAUUUGGAAUUCGCGCGUGGAGGCGCCCGCUUCACCACCGAACUCUUCCAGCUUUUGGCCACUGGCGGAUUCAAGGAGAACGUUGUGUUCUCGCCCUUCUCUAUCCAAACCUGCAUUGCCCUGGCCUUUGCCGGUGCUCAGGGGGAAACCGCCGAUGAGAUCGCCAAGGCCCUGCACUUUGUGUCCAACUUCCCGCCGGAGGUGGCCCAGACCUUCCAGUUUGUGCUUGAGCAGUACCGGAACAGCAACCUGCUGCGCGUGGCCAACAAGCUGUACGUACAGGAGGGCAAGCAGCUAAAGCCAGCCUACCAGGCCGCCAUCAAAGAGCAGUACCACUCGGAGGCCGAGUCCAUUAACUUUGCCUUGAGCGAUGCCGCCGCUCAGGCUAUCAAUGCCUGGGUGAAUGCCAAGACGCAGGGCAAGAUCACGGAGCUGGUCAGUGCGGAUUCCUUUAAUGACAACACCCGACUGGUUCUGCUCAAUGCCCUGCACUUCAAGGGCAGCUGGGCGCACAAGUUCAGCGAGGAUCGCACCGAGGAGGAUGACUUCUGGGUUGGCGAGGAGGAGCAGGUGAAGGUCAGCUACAUGAACCAGAAGGCCAAGUUUGCCUACGGCUAUUUCGAGGAUCUGGGCUGCACUGCCCUUGAUAUGCCCUACCAGGAUUCGGAUCUAUCCAUGUUUGUGCUGUUGCCACAGGAGCGUACCGGCAUUUACGAUCUGGCUGAGAAGCUCAAGGGCGUAAAUCUGGUGGAUUUAUCAGCCAAGAUGGCCGUGGAGGAGGUUAACGUCAAGUUCCCCAAGUUCAAGGUGGACUACUCCCUGGAAUUGGCCGAGAAACUUAAGCAGCUGGGCAUCACGAAAAUGUUCACCGACGGAGCCGAGUUCAACAAUCUGCUGGAAUCCCCCGAGGAUAUUUUUGUUUCCCAAGUCCUGCACAAGGCCACCAUUGAGGUGAAUGAGGAGGGCACAGAGGCGGCGGCUGCCACCGGCAUGAUCAUGAUGACCCGCAUGAUGACUUUCCCCCUGCAGUUCCAAGCGGACCGCCCCUUCCUGUAUGUUAUUUGGAACAAAAAGAAUAUCCUCUUUGCCGGAGCCUUUGUAAAGGCUGCCUAACAAGCUUUGUUUUCUCUCACUAGACUCAGGUUCAAUUAUUUUGGUAUUCUUUUAAUUGAAAAGUAUUUGUAAAAUAAAAAAACGCAUCAUAAAAAA